AUGCCAAGUCGCUCUCUGAAUGGUUGUGCGUGUUUGCGCUGGGCUAUCCGUGCCACCGGGCGCGGACAGGUCACUAUCGAGAGCUCGACUGUGCGCAGCGCUUCCGCCUCUUGGGCAUUGGGCAGCCGAAGGCAUACGACCUCAUCGGCCGCAGAACCACUGGAUGUGCCGCAAAGCUUGCAGGUUGAGCUGGCCGGCUUUAAAGCAACGGAUAGGAGAGAAAAGGCAAAGCUUCAGCGGAUAGUGAACAAGCACCUCACCUACAUGGACGACCCGUGGAAGAUAGCCCACCAUGUCGAACAAACCCUACAGAAGGACCGCUUCGACGAGGCUUUGCUCCUAACGCAACAAGCCAGCAGGGAUCGACAGGUAGAAGUCGCUUGGAACCACCUGAUCGGCUACCAGUUUGGCAAGCAGCAACUGAAAGGGGGCAUAAAACUUUUCAACGAUAUGAAGAAACGCGGCCAGCUACCAAACAUGCAGACCUUUACCAUUAUAUUCCGCGGUUGUGCGAGAUCGCAGCAUCCCAAAGCCGCCGUCGCCGAAGCUGUGAAGCACUACAACAUGCUCAUGGCCGACAAACGCCUGCAGCCGAACUCGAUUCACCUGAACGCCGUGCUCAACGUCUGCGCCAGGGCGGGUGACCUAGACUCCAUGUUUCUAAUUGCUGAUAGCGUAAACGAUUCGACGCGCGCGCCAACCUCUUAUACUUAUACGACCAUCCUCAACGCUCUGCGCCACAGCAUGCUGAAGGAAAUAAAAGACCUGACUUCUGAGCAGCAGGCCGCCAAUGUGGAAAAGACUGUUAGUCGUGCCAAGGGAUUGUGGGCCGAAGUUGUCGACAAAUGGGGACGUGGCCGCCUGACGAUUGAUGAGGAGCUCGUUUGCUCCAUGGGCCGCGUGCUACUGCUGCCCUCCACGCGCCAGGGCAAGCGCGAGGUGUUGGAUUUGUUGCAGCAGACAAUGGGCAUCCCAAAUCUGACCAAGACGCUCGGUUCGAACAUGGCUCAAGAGGAAGACACACGCACCAUUGCUGCCCCGGGCUCCAAGGGUUCGAACGCCGUCCCCGGUCGAAAUACCCUCGCGCUGGUUCUCACCACCCUGGCCUCGGCCAGGCUCACCACCAUCGGCAUCAAGUAUUGGAACCUCUUGGUCCGCAAUUACGGCAUUGUCCCCGAUCAGGAUAAUUGGCUCCGCAUGUUGGGGAUGCUCAAGUGUGCCAAGGCGAGCGCGCACGCCGCCGCGAUCCUUGACAUCAUGCCUGACGAGUACGUCGACGCCAAGUCGUAUGGCAUCGCCAUGGAGACUUGCGUCCGUGACAACAUCAACCCGAACGCGAUACAAAACUCGGCCGCUAUUCUCGACUCUAUGAUGAAUCGCCUCCCUGUGCCUGACGUACACGCCCUCCGCCUCUUCCUGCGCGUCGCUCUUGUCAGCCACUUCCACCUCCGCGCCAAAUCUAAGAAUGGUGACGAGGUUGCCGCCAAACGGGAGUACGGCAUCCAGAUCACGACAGCCCUCGCGCGUCUCUGGGAGCCCUACAAGAAGGUCCACUACCACUACUUCAAGGCCACGCCCCGACCAUCCGAUGCGAAGGAGGAUCGCGCUCUGUACAACUGCAAGCGAGAAGUGGUUUCCAUUGCGCGCCUGAUGUUCAGCGCCUUCAAUAAGGUCAUCAAUGAACGCAUGCUGCCGGAAAAAAACCUUCGUGAGCUGCGGCCCAUCGGGGCCAAGAUCAAUCGGGAGAUCCAACGUUUCUACUCCAACCGUGAGGAAACGGAACCCAAGCUGUGCGCAACGUCCAAGGAGGGGCACUCAUCAGAAGCGAUGGAGGAAGAACACGACGACGCUGAGAAAUUCCAGUUCAGGCCCGGUGGUGACUUUGUGUGGGGCACCUCCCGUGGCCCUCCUCGUACGAGCCCACGCACUACUGGAAACCACUUGGGAGCUGGUAGCAGCACCGCCAAAGGUUGA